UACCAAAUGUUGUCAUCUUGCCGGUGACAAAACUUCCUAGAGAUAUCAAUUGAUCAUGGAUCCACUUUCUAUUGGCUCUGGCGCUGCUGGUUUCUUUGGCCUCGGCAUCACUAUCUGCAACGGACUUAUUCGCUACUGUUCCAGCUAUCGAUCGCGCGAAGAUGAUAUCGCCUUGCUCCAGGCAAAUGCCGAACGGCUGCGGAGACACCUCGAGGUUCUGGAAGGACAUCAGAAUGGAGUCGGACUUCCGCCAGUGUCACCCAGCCUCCAGAUAUCAAUGAACGAGUGUAUAGAAACCAGCAGAGUCUGUCUCGCUGGCUUGAAUCGACUGUGCGACAAAUACUCGCCGCCGGCGACCGACCUGAAUCAGAAAUCCCGCAGCAGCUUCGUCCGCAGGGUCUCCUUUCCUCUUCAGAAGGACAAGUUUGACUCGUUUAGACGGCAGGUUCAGCAUCUGCACACUACGCUCUCUUUUCAAGUUGGAAUGAUGAACUAUGAUGCCGUGAGGAACCUUCGGCAGGAGACAUUGUCGGAAUCUCUGAACCUCUCCUCGAUCAUCUCCACUCAGAGUCAAGAUAUGCAGCAGCAGAUUGCCGCCAUAAUACCUGAUCUGUCGAAGACGCUCGAGUUUAGACUCUGGAAGAGCGAACAAUCUCUUCAAGCUCGAAUGGACGCUCUGGAGAUAAUGAUCAAAGAGUCUCUAUGCUCGGAUGAAACUGACGUACACGACAGCACUUGUUUUAUCGAAAGUUCAAAUACCGCACCGGAAAUUCGCCAGGACCGAUCGAAAGAGCUAGUUGCAAGCAGUCGGACGAAGCGGGUGUCAGGAUCAGGGAAGAACUCGUCCAUCACAGGCCCAUUGUGGGAGCUCAGAUGUCAUUGCGCGGGCUCGAUCUCGCCCGCUUAUCCUGUCACCCAUGCAACCUCGUGCCACCUCUCAUUCAGAUAUAAACAGAGAAGGGCUCUCAUUGGCAAGAUCAGGCUCUUCAAUUAUUUCUUCCAGUUUCAGGUCGCUAUUGAGUACUCUCAAUAUGCUUUCCUGCGCAGUCUGCACGUCCAGCAUAACUUCACAAUCCGGGCGACUGUUCCUCAAGGCUCACCGGCUUUCGAUUUGAUAGACGGCAUUACUUUCAACAUGGGCUUCUAUUCCACGGUUCAGUCACUUCGAAAGAACCUCCAGAGCUGCCUUCAGAGACUCCAGCGUAUGUUCAUGGAAGGUCGAGCGUGGCCGACCGACAUAGAGGACGGUACUGGGAACAACCUGCUUCAUGCAGCUACUAGUGCUUGUUGGCACCUCAUGGCCGACGAGAUGAAGGAGACAUACUCGCAAUUCCUUCAAACAUUGGUAGAAUUUGGAGUACCAUUGAAGGACUCCAGUUGUUCAAACGAAACGCCGGUCACCAUUGUCCUCAAGAGAUUGACGCGUGCAGAAAAGUCUGAUGUCUCAGGCUUUACGGUGGUUACAGGAGUUGUAAAAAGCCUUUUGGACCUCGGCGUUGAUGUUUUGGACAUAAUGCCCUUGCAAACAUUUGGACCAUCGAUUCUUCCAAUAAUCGGACAUGAAGUAUUUGAAGAACAAGGAACGAUAGAUCAGGAAGAACUACCUCGUGCGUUGCUGGAGAAGUGGGAAAGCCGGGUGCGCGGUAUUCUCACAGGUAGCGACGCCAAAGACCACCUCUUAACAAGGGGUAAAUUAGGUGAAACUCCGUUGCAUGUUGCAUCCCACUGGCCUCGAGGUAUGGAACUGAUACUAGAGUUGGGAGGUGACACCGUUCACGGUAUCAUCGACGCCGAGGAUGUCAACGGAGCGACGCCCUUAGAUUACGCCCUAAAGUUGAACGAGCCGGAUUGUGUCAGAAUGCUCCUGGAAAAUUCUGCUGAGAUGGACUUGGAGAUCAUUCAGAACAUUGCGAACUGCAGGUGGGAAGCGUCAGCUAGGCAGCGCCCCGUCACUCCCGUAUUGACGCAAGCCCUCGCAAAGCGGCGUCAGAAGCUGCUCCGCCUUGCCAACGACCACAUCCCGGAACGAAAGACACUCGACAACAUGGGAGUUGAGAAUGAAGUUUUGAUCCAGCAAGAAGCUUUCGGACUGGUUCGAGCACUGAUGGAGGAGGGAGUGAUCCUGCCAAAAGAGUUUCGGAGCGUCCAGCCAGGUUCAGUCUAUCACUGCGCGGUCAUGAACGAUGAGACUGCCGAAUCAUUGUUCAGCUCUGGAUUCAGCCAGACAACCGUCGAAUUCCUCGGCUUCACCCCGCUAAUGACGAUAGAUCUCGUCAGGCUGAGCCAAAGAUACGAGUCCAAGAUAAUGUACAGUCAAAGUGCGCUUAGUCUUGUUGACUGGUUCUUGCGCCAUGGUGAAGACCUGAGCAGGCCGAUGCCAGCAGCAGCGGCUGAGCGAGGAAUAAGCAGUCGGAGAGAAAGCUCCCCUGGAGUGUGCCUAGUCCACCAGAUCGCCAGCGAAAUGGGGCGGAGCAUGCGCUACCAGACAGCCUUCGGCAGCGAACGGCACACGCCCAUGUUGCAGCAAAUUCUGACCUCGCCAGUGUUGGAUUGUUGCGACUGUCUUUGCACGGAGAAUGGCUGCUCUGCUGCCUCAAUAUUGGCGCGUGAAGUGUGGGCGCUUGCGAAUGGAGAACCAACGCCCGGCGAGGUGGCGGGAUUCAGCCGGACAACAUGGCGCAUGGUCAUGGACCUGUUGACCAGCAGACUGGCUGACCACGCCGGAGCUCGCAAGUUUGCCUCGGAUUUUAUUCGCGUCAGCACUUUCGAGCGACUCGGAAUGAGCCACACUUGCUGCAGGUUUAUGAAUAAUAGUGGCAAGUACGAAGACCCUGAGAAAGGGGUGACUGCUGCCAUCCUGGUGGGAGAGUACAAAUUGGUUGGGAUCAUGGACCCUGAGGACGUGAUAGAAAUCCAAGAAGAGGAAAGAUACUUGGAGGCAAUGCUCGAAGCACUCGCGGAGGAGUUUGAAGUCAAUUAUGAGGAACUGGGCUUGUCGCUGAGCGAGUUCUUCUUCACGUACUGGUGGACUCGCAUGGACGAGGUUGAAGUAGGCACCAAGAUGUCUCAAGAGGAAGUAGAGGCUCUCCGGAGGAUAGGUGUUGUUUUUGAUGCGUGAGAAAUAUAAUUCAAUCUUCCCUUCAA